CUGACGAUAUUAGCUGAGUGGGAUACCGAAGCCCUGUCGAUCCAAACGGGAUGGAUGGCCAUUGCGCAAAUACCUCUCAUCAUCGCUCUUGCUGGCAAGAACAACUUCAUCUCUUUGCUCACCGGUCUCUCAUACGAAAAACUCAACUUUCUCCAUCGAGCCGCUGGACGGGUCUGCCUGCUCUGCUCCUGGCUCCAUGUCGUGGGAUAUCUGUUUCUCCUCGGCGGUGUAUCGCUCGGAAUGACCAGUAUCCUCGCGCUGUCGCUCAUGUACAUCGUGUCGAUGAGAUGGGUCCGCCGGCGGAUCUACGAAUUCUUCCUUGUUGCGCAUAUUUGCUUUGCCGCGCUCUUUCUGGCAGGUGUGAUCAUGCACUGGUCCGCUGUCGAUAUCUGGAUCUAUCCUGGAAUUGCACUAUGGGCUGCAGAUCGCCUUCUCCGCAUCGCGCGUCUCUUCCUCCCCACCCUCUCCCUCUUCUCCGCCUCGACCCCACUCGCUUCUACCGGAACAAUCACCCUCCUCACCCCUUCCACCAUCAAGCUCACCCUCCCCACCCGAACAACCUGGAAGGCAGGACAACACUUCUAUGUCCUCCUCCCUACCCUGUCUCGACUGCCUUGGGAGACCCACCCGUUCACCGCUGCGGGUAUACCAGGGGAUGGGGAGGUCAGCUUUGUGAUCCGGGUGAGGGACGGGAUGACGGGGCGGAUGAAGGCGGCGGUCAAGGAGGGGAACACGGGGAGUGUGCAGGGGAGGGUGGAGGGUCCUUAUGGCGGGUCGGGGUGCUUGAGGGGUGUGGACGGGGUGGUCAUCUUUGCUGGCGGCUCAGGUAUCUCGUUCGCUGUUGCGCACUUGCUCCAGAUCGCUGCGGACGCGAAGGCUGGGAAGACAGCUUGUCGGCAUGCCAACGUGAUAUGGAUGGUCAAGUCCAAGCGUGAGUUAGCU